CCGCCCGCUGCCGCGACGCCAUUUGCCACUGCCGAGCGUGGGCACGGGCGGCUCUCGGAAGCACGGGUGACCAGCCUCUCCUGAGCACGCUUCCCGACCUCCCGCACAGUCUUCGUCGCGCGCACUUCUCGGCUUCGCCCGUCGGAGUCACCACCGUUCCUGCCGCCAGCCUGAGUGCGGUCCCGCACGCUGCCAGCCAGUCUUUACCGCCAUGCCCAAGAAUAAAGGAAAAGGAGGCAAAAACCGACGUAGAGGCAAAAAUGAGAAUGAAUCCGAAAAGCGAGAGCUUGUAUUCAAGGAGGACGGGCAAGAAUAUGCUCAAGUAAUCAAAAUGUUGGGAAACGGACGAUUAGAAGCCAUGUGUUUUGAUGGUGUAAAGAGACUGUGCCACAUCAGAGGGAAAUUGAGAAAAAAGGUUUGGAUAAAUACCUCAGAUAUCAUAUUGGUGGGCCUCCGAGAUUACCAGGACAACAAAGCCGAUGUCAUUUUAAAAUACAACGCAGAUGAAGCUAGAAGUCUCAAGGCCUAUGGCGAGCUUCCGGAGCAUGCUAAAAUCAAUGAAACUGAUACAUUUGGUCCUGGAGAUGAUGAUGAAAUUCAGUUUGAUGACAUUGGGGAUGAUGAUGAAGACAUCGAUGAUGUAAGUGGACACAUCCUGCUUUUCCUGCUUUCUGUUCAGAAUCGUGGGCCAGAAAGGUUCAACACUGACACCAGCUGCUUUAAUGAGGGCACUGAUUUUAUCCUCCCUGACUGUCACCUCACCAUGCAGGAUGAGGGCGGAGUAGAUGCAGGCGAGCUCGGAGACAGACGCCAUGAUGUGGACUGCUGGCACGGUGUUAGUCGCCAGAUGAAGUGA